AUGAAGCGGCAGAACGUGCGGACUCUCUCCCUGAUCCUCUGCAUGCUCACCUACCUGCUGGUCGGCGCCGCCGUCUUCGACGCGCUCGAGUCCGACUCCGAGACCUCCCGCAAACGCCGGCUAAACUCCAAGCGCAUGGAGCUGAAGAGCAAGUACGGCAUGAGCGAGGAAGACUACCGGGAGCUGGAGUGGGUGGUUCUGCAGAGCGAGCCGCACCGCGCCGGACACCAGUGGAAGUUCGCCGGCUCCUUCUACUUCGCAAUCACAGUCAUCACCACCAUAGGCUAUGGUCACGCUGCCCCAGGUACCAACGCCGGCAAAGCCUUCUGCAUGUUCUACGCAGUGCUCGGGAUUCCACUCACCCUGGUGAUGUUCCAGAGUCUGGGUGAGCGAAUGAACACCUUUGUUCGAUACCUGCUGAAGAGGAUAAAGAGAUGCCUGGGCAUGAAGAACACGGAGGUGUCUAUGGAGAACAUGGUGACUGUGGGCUUCUUCUCAUGCCUGGGCACCCUGUGUAUUGGAGCCGCCGCCUUUGCACACUUUGAGGAUUGGACCUUCUUCCACGCAUAUUAUUACUGCUUCAUUACCCUCACCACCAUCGGCUUUGGGGAUUUUGUGGCCCUGCAGAACAACGAGGCCUUACAGAAGAGCCCUCCCUACGUGGCGUUCAGCUUCAUGUACAUCCUGGUCGGGCUGACGGUGAUCGGAGCCUUCCUCAACCUGGUGGUCCUGAGGUUCCUCACCAUGAACUCGGAGGAUGAGAAGAGGGACGCAGAGGAGCGGGCCGGGAACAAGGACCACCUGGCCAUGUCGGUGGCCGUGGACAGUCCGGGCCGGAACGCCACUCUCCUGCCAGGAGAGGCGGGCAGACGCAGGAGCAACCUGGUCUCUCUGGUGAAGGGGGAGGUGGAGAUCAGACGUGACAGCCCACCGCAGUCCAUCUCGGACGUUGAGUCCCUUUGCUCCUGUAUGUGCUACCGGUCCCAACACCUCGAUAGUCCCACCAGAUCCCACCGUGAUUCCUUCAGGGCCCAUGCCAACCCCAUCUACUUCAACUCCAUUUCCUUCAAGGUGGACGAGAUGUCGCUGAGCACGGGGGACAGGGUUGUCUUCUCCUCCCUGGGCAGCUGCAGCUCCCUGGGGAGUCGGGGCUUUAGCCAGCACCCUCGAACCCGACGGAGGUCAGUGUGAGCUCACUGCAUGUGCACCGGCUGGGAUUAGCUCAUUGCAUUGGCAGCUACAGCAUGGCAACCAGUGCCAACGACAGAUAGCAUGGCUACUGCACACACAACGCUCGGUAAACAGCUAGUCUGUGCGACUGCGUGAGCCCGGAGCGAAUGGCCAGAAUGUCCAAAGGGGUAUCUGAACGACGCACAGCCACAGAGUUAGCCGGGAGUCACUGAGAUGAUCCUAGCUCUUCCUAGCCCAAGACAAGAUUAAGACUGAUUUCCCUGCGACCAUUGGGAUGAUGGUCCAUGGUUCGUUGGCGUUCCCUCCUGCCCUUUGGUUUGCCUGCUCACGGGAGCUGGCAAUCAACUCUUGCCGCUGGGGAGGGCAUCACAGUGGUUACAUUACUGAAUCGGGGGAUGCAGGGCAGGGGCUGGAGGCAAAGGUUGGUGAGGUGGGAGGAGAUUAUGUGCAGCUGGAACAGACCAUUUUACAUAUGACCUCAAUGCUUUGGUGACCAACAACAACUGUUUAGGUUGUGUUCCAAAGCUAAUGGUCUGGAGACAAAAGUUCGAAUCCCACCCCAGACUCAAAUUCAACUAGUUCUGGAAGUCUGUAGUGAAGGCCAGUCCCAGCAAUCAUAAACCUGGAGACACCAGAUAGUCAUAAGCCCUCACAGGGUCACUGGUCUCCCUCAGAGCAGAAGUCCUGCUGUCAACGUGGCGGUUCCGAGCUGCCCUCUGGAAUAACUGAGCAAGCCACUUUGUUGGUAGUUGGAGGUAGUUGGGUGUAAACAUAAGGAACUGCAAAUCUUGGAAUCUUAUGUAGAACACAAAGUGCUGGAUUAACUCAGCAGGAGAGGUAGCAUUUAUGGAGGACGUGGAUAGGUGACAUUUUCGGUUGAGUCUGAAGGGCGAAGCUAUCCCUGUGCUCCAGAGAUGCUGCACAAUAUACGCUGAGUUACUCCAACUGUGUGUGUUCCGCACGGCUUUUGGGGAUGGGCGCGACAUGUUGGUCUUGCCAGCACUGACAGUGGGUCAUGACGGAUAGCAGAGGGGAAGGUGUGGCUGUUCCAGCAGGUCAAGCUUACUCCAACACUCACAUUGUUUGCCCCUCGUUUGUUUCUCAGUGUCGAUCCUCACCGUUUAGCCACAAUUCACCCCCGAAUACCUUGCACGUCUGGUCCUGGCUUAGUCUGAAGAUGGGACACAAAAUGCUGGAGUAACUCAGCGACUCGGGCAACAUUUCUGGAGAAGGACAGGUGGCGUUUCGGGUCAUGACCCUUCCUCAGCUGCCUGACCUGCUGAGUUACUCCAGCAUUUUGUGUCUAUCUUUGGUGUAAACCAGCAUCUGUAGUUUUUUUUGUUUCUACAUUUUGGCUUAUUCCACUGUGAAAUCUCCUCUGAGCGUUGGAGAGGGUCCAAAAGAAAGAUCCCAGGAAUGGUUGGGUUAACAUAUGAUGAGCGUUUGAAGGCUCUGGGCCUGUACUCGCUGGUGCUUAGAAGGAUGAAGGGGAACCUCAUUGAAAUUUACCAAAGAGUGAAAGGCCUGGAUAGAGUGGAUGCGGACAGAAUGUUUCCACUAGUGGGAGAACUUAGGACCAGAAUAAACCAACGUACCUUUAGAAAGGAGAUGAGGAGGAAUUUUUUUAGCCAGAGGUUGGUAAAUCUGUGGAAUUCAUUGGCGGUGAAAGCCAAUUAAAUGGAUAUCUUUAAGGUGGAGAUUGACAGCUUCUUGAUUAGUAAAGGUGUUGGGAGUCUUGAGGAGAAAGCAGGAGAAUGGGGUUGGGAGGGGAAGAUAGAUCAACCAUGAUUGAAUGGUGGGGUAGACAUGAUGGGCCAAAUGGCUUAAAUCCGCUCCUAGAACUUAUGAACUUAUGUUGGGUGAUGGGUUCAGUGUUGAUGGGCUACAGGGACCUUCAAGGCAGUGCAGAAUCUGGGUUAGUUGCUGGAAAACUGUGGAUCAUGUGUAGGAAAUUGACAGAGACCACAAAACAAGAAAUCAAGAUGUUUAAAGGAUUAUUUUGGAGUUUGAACACUGCGAAGGAAGGCUGGGAUUUAUUUUAGCUAUGAAAGACCAUAAUCACAAGCUAACCUGGUAUAAAUAAUGUAAUAGGAAUUCGAGGGGCAACUUUUUUACACAAAGGAUGGUGGAUAUAUGGAACAAGCUGCUGGAGCGGGUAGUUGAGGCAGGUACUAUCACAAAGUUUAAGAAAUAUUUGGACAUGUACAUGGAUAAGUUUAGAGGGAUAUGGGCCAAACGCAGGCAGGUGGGACUAGUGUAGAUGGGGCAUGUUAGUCGGCGUGGCUAAGUUGGCCCGAAGAGCCUGUUUCCAUGCUGUAUGAUUCAAUCACUUCUAAUUCUGCAUGUACAUGAGUUUUAGGGGCAGAAUUAGGUAAUUCAGCCCAUCAUGUGUACUCUGCCUUUCAAUCAGGGCUGAUCUGUGUUACCCUCUCAACCCCAUUCUCCUGCCUUCUCCCCAUAACCACUGACACCCGUACUAAUCAAGAAUAUAUCAAUCUCUGCCUUAAAAAUAUCCAUUGACGGCCUCCACACCUUCCUUGGCAAUGAAUUCUAUGGAUUCACCACCCACUGAUUAAAGAAAUUCCUCCUCAUCUCCUUCCUAAAGGUCCGUCCUUUUACUCCGAGACUAUGGCCUCUGGUCCUAGGCUCUCCGACUAGUGGAUACAUCCUCUCCACGUCAACUCUAUCCAGGCCUUUCUGUUCAGAAAGGACUUGGAAAUGUACACAUCGCAAGUCCAAUGAGGCUGCAACCAAGCCUAAAUGUAGUAUGAUCCAGUGAUCUAAAUUACAAGAGUUUCACUGGCCGCCAGUAAAUCACAAGUGGCAUUUUCAGCGGUGAAAUCCUGGCCAGAUUCGAAUUCAUAGUUGUCAUUUGUAACUGCCAGUGAUUCAGAUGGAGCAGGGGAGACUGUUCACAGGAUGAAUCGUUUGUCAGGUUUGAAGAAUGCGAUAGGGUAGACACAGGAUGGCCCUCUCUUGAAACAGAUCCCUUUAUAAUUGUUCCAAAUCCAAAACAGUUGUUGCUUUGAUUUUGUUUAUUUCCAGCCUCGGCCCCUUUGACACCUCUCUCUCCGCCCCAGAACAUUGGGGGAGUGAUUAGGGGAUGGGCCCUUCUACUGACGAUCAAUAAAGUCCAAGGAACUAGACUGUCAGGCAGGCAAGCCAUUUCUCCUGACUAUCCUCAUUGAUCACAGAACAGUGCAGCGCAGGCGGCCCUUCAGCCCACCAUGUCUGUGCCAACCCUGAUGUCAACCUAAACUAAUCUCAUUGCAUCUGCAGUUCCUCGUGUCUUCAUUUUACUGCUCCCCUGCAAAAUCUCCUUAAGGUAUGCCUGCUUUGAAGAAAUUCUCCUUCUCUCUCCGAUGGGAGUUCUGUGAGAUACUCACUGACUGCUCCCCCCUCUGUGAUUCUUGCUGCCAACCCACACAUGUUCUCCAGAGAUGCUGCCUGACCCGUUGACUUAUUCCAGCACUUUGUGUCUUUAUUGGUAAACCAGCAUCUGCAGUUCCUUGUGUCUUCGUGCCAUUAUUGUCCAACUCCUCCUCAUGGUUAAUCCAAUCCAAUCCAAGUGAUGGGAGUGGAGGACAGGAUAAACUGAGGAAACGUUCUUAAUGCAAACAGAGAGUGCUGGAAACAGCAAGUUGGGCAGCCUCUGUGGAGAGAGAGACUAAGUUGAUUAAGGUCAAUGACCCUUCAUCUUUGCUCUAAACUUUGGAGACGAAAUGAAGCACGUUUUAAUUUAUGGAGAAGAGGGGGAGAUGAAGAAAGGGUGUACAUGAGACACGGGCAAAUGGAGUCAUGAUGUAAGAGAAAUAAAUGAUAAAGGGAUGAAUUAAAAAUACACUUUAGUCAGGCCCAGCUUUAAAGGAACACAAAUUAAAUGAAAUUAAAAUAGAAAGUGCUGGAUAAGGUCUGCAGGUUAGGCAGCGCCCAUGAAGGGAGAAACAGGGAUGAGACUUUCGGCAGAUGACCCAUCGGAAGUGGGAACAAUGCAAGAUCAAAUAGGGAAGAGAGUGGAGGUGAGAACAACUACAUUCCCAGUUUCUCCACAGAUGGUUGCAGAUCUGCUGCGUGCUGUGUUAUCUGUGUUAUUUCAGUUUUUCAGCAGAAGAAGUUAUAGGGUCAUAAGGGGUUAUACAUCAUGGAAACAGGCCUUUCGACCCAACUUUCCCACGCCCACCCACAUGCCCCCUCUACACUAGCCCCACCAGCCUGCGUUUGGCCCAUAUCCCUCUAAACAUAUCCUAUUCACACACCUAUCCUAAUUUUUCUUAACCAUUGCGAUAGUACCUGCCUCAAUGACCUCCUCCGGCAGCUCAUUCCAUACAUCCACCACACUUUCUGUAAAAAAAAAUGACCCCUCAUGUUCCUAUCUUUUCCAAAUCUUUUCCUCUUCAACUUAAACCUAUGUCCUCUGGUUCUCAAUUGCCUUUCUUUGGGCAAGAGACUCUGUGUGUUUACAUUCUAAUUUCCUCUCAUGAUUUUGUACACCUCUAUAAAGUCACCCCUCAUCCUCCUGCGCUCCAAGGAAUUGAGUCCUUGCAUACUCCACCUCUCCGCAUAGCUCAGGCCCUCAAGUCCUGAAGGUUAAAGAAUCUCCUUCAAGGAUCAGGAAAAGGUGUGGGUGUUGGGGAGGUCCUCCUGUCUACGGGAAGCAUUCACCUUGCUAUUAGCAAAGGAAUAAUAGAUUAUUACUGGAUCACGUUAUUGGAGCAUAGAAACUGAAACACAUGUAUUUUUCCUGCCAGUUAGGUAAACUGUAAUGUUAUUUUGGAAACAAAAGCAGGGUAAUUUUGAUACACAGAGCGUGGUGGGUGCCUGGAAUGCGCUGCCUGGGUUGGUAAUGGAAGCAGAUACAAUCGUGGCAUUUAAGCGACAUAGAUAUGCAGGGAAUGGAGGGGUAGGUGGUCAUGUGCAGGCAGAGGUGAUUUGUUUAAUUUGGCAUCAUGUUCGACACCGACAUCAUGGAUUGAAGGACCUGUUCCUAUGCUGUACUAUCAUAGUCAUAGAGCUGCGCAGCUUGACAACAGGCCCUUUGGCCCAUCUUGCCUGUGCUGACCAAGUUGGCAUUUUGGGCCUCUAAACCGUUCCAAUCCAUGUAUCUGUCCAAAUGUUUUUUUUAAUUCUUAAUUUUGUCCAUAUGUAGAACUUCCUCUAGGCUCAUUUCAGAUACAGACUGCACUCUGAGUGACAAAGGUUGCCCUAAGAUCCCUCUUAAAUCUCUCCCCCUAAUCGUAUGCCCUCUACUUUUAGAAUCCUCUACCCUGGGAAAAAGACUGUGAGCAUUCACUUUAUCCAUGACCCUUAUUGAACUUGUAUGUGUCAAUAAGGUCACCCCUCAGACUCCUGCACUCCAAAGAAUAAAGUCCCAGCCUAUCCAACCUCUCUUUAUAACUCAUAUACCCACCACCCUCUCAGUGGAAAAUGUUCCCCCUCAGGUUCCUAGUAAUUAUUCCCCACUCACCUUAAACCUAUGUCCUCUGGCUCUUGAUUCCCCUAAAAGCAUCAACACCCUGUAUAUUCCCCUUGUGAUCUCGUGCACCUCUAUAACAUCAGCCCUCAGCUUCUUGCUCUCUACGGAAUAAGGUUCUUGUCUGCCCAACCUCUCCCUAUAGCUCAGGCCCUGGAGUCUUAACCACAUCUUUGUAAUUCUUCUCUGCACUCUUCCCAACUUAAUGACCUGCUUUCUACAGCAGGAUUAACAAACCUGAACACAAUACUCCAUCAGACUGAAGAGGGGACUUGAUCUGAAGCGUAACUCAUCCACAUUCUCCCGUGAUGCUGCCCGCCCUGCAAUGUUACCCCAACACUGUAAACCAGAGAAAUCUGCAGUUACUUGUUUCCACACAGUACUCUAAAUGCCACAUCCAUGUGUUGUACUAGAACAUAAUGUCCCAACUUGUAUAAUUAAUACCAUGACAAAGUUGACCCUCAGGUCCUUAUUGCAUCUUUCCUGCCUCACUUUAAACCGAUGUCGUCUGCUUUUUGAUUCCCUACUCUACCACUUCUGGGCAUUAAUCUGCAUCUUCCAGAGUUUCAUCCACGAGGGGAAUGAAGUCUUCGAUCCUUGGAAACCCAUAAAUGUCCUUUUGAUUUUGAUAGAAAGACCAGCCAGAGAAUAGUGAAAGGCCUGGAUCGAGUGGCUGCAGAGAGGAUGGUUCCACUAAUGGGAGAGUGUUGUACCAGAGGGCACAGCCUCAGAAUAAAAGGACGUACCUUUAGAAAGGAGAUGAGGAAUAUCUUUAGUCAGAGGGUGGUGAAUCUGUGGAAUUCAUUGUCACGGGCGGCUGUUGAGGCCCUCAUUGGGU